CUUCCUCCCCCCCCCCCCCCCCCACCACACUCCAAACCCUAACCCUGAUUCAAAAAUUGCGCCUCUCAACUUCUCAAUGUUCUCCACCCCAUUUGUUCUCUCCUUUUCUCUCCUCCUUUCCCUCCCAAUUCUCUUCCUCCUGGCCCCCCGUAUCUUCUCCCCUCACUCUUCUCUCCCGCCGAUUCCUCUCCCCGACGAACUCGACGACCUCUCUCUCUUCAAUCGCGCUGCCUCUUCCUCCUCUCUUUCCCGCUCUCAUUUGUCCUCUUCUAACCCUAAACUCAAGAUCGCUUUUCUUUUCCUCACCAACUCUGACCUCCAUUUCUCCCCUCUCUGGAACCGUUUCUUUAAGAAAUCUAACAAAAAUCUUUACAACAUUUACAUCCACGCCGAUCCUUCUGUUAAUAUCACUUCUCCAUCGGGUGUCUUUGCCGAUAAAUUUAUUAGUUCUAAACGCACUUACCGCGCGUCGCCUACACUCGUCUCCGCCGCGCGUCGGCUUCUCGCUACUGCCAUCCUCGACGACCCGGCCAACGCGUUCUUCGCGCUCGUCUCGCAGCACUGCAUCCCUCUGCAUUCGUUUCGGUAUGUUUACAACUCGCUGUUCACUUCUAGAACCUUUGAUUACUCGUCGUCGCCUGAGUCAACCACCGCGUUCGGAGUCCGAAUUCGGUACAAGAGUUUUAUCGAGAUAAUCUCGAAAGAUCCACGGUUAUGGAAGCGGUACAUUGCGCGUGGGCGGUACGCGAUGACGCCGGAAGUGCCGUUCGAUCGGUUUAGGGUUGGAUCUCAGUUUUUUGUUUUGACACGUAAGCACGCGCUUGUGGUAAUUAAAGAUCGGAAGCUUUGGAAGAAAUUUAAGAAACCGUGUUACAGGUCGGAUGAGUGUUAUCCAGAAGAGCAUUAUUUUCCGACUUUGUUAUCAAUGCAGGAUCCGAAUGGGUGUACCCAUUACACGGUCACUCGGGUCAAUUGGACCGGGACCACCAACGGCCACCCAUACACGUACAGGCCCAAUGAAGUAUCACCGCAGCUUAUUCAUCAGUUGAGGGAGUCGAAUCAUUCGGAGUCUUACUUGUUUGCGAGAAAAUUCUCGCCGGAUUGUUUGAGACCGUUGAUGAAAAUUGCAGAUCCAGUCAUUUUCAGGGACUGAUCAAGAUCAAGAGUUGUUCCUGAUGCAACUACCUAGAAAUGAUGUAUUGGUGUCCUCUUCUUGGGGUGUUUUAUUAAAGCGUUGUUGUGGGUGGUGGAGAUUGUAAAGAGUAGGUGGUGCUUUCAGCUAGUCGUCAUGAUUUUUUGAGGUUUAUCACAGCACACCGAAGUUGAAUUCAAGAAUUGUGAGCGAAUUUUCAGUAUUUAAUUGAACCUUUUUCUUUAUAAAUGUAAUUUUUUUUUUUUUUUUUUUUUUAAGAGAUUUUGUUACCUUGUUGAAUUAAGAAGUUAACUUUAUAGGAGAAGAUUCUUUUCGUAAGUUUGUAUCUUUUUAAUGUUUUCUAAUGGUACGUUUGGUAGUGGUUUUAAAAGUCAGUAGUAAAUGUCAAAAACACUUAUAUAUUUAUAUGAUAUUGUUAUGAAUGGACAAAAGUGUUUUCGAAGAUUGAAAAAUGAUUUGCAGUGCUUUCGUGAAAAGCACUCGAUAGGUGUUCUUCGAAUGAGCUUUACUUUUACAGAAAUAUGUUUACACCCAAACGCUCUCUUUGUGCUCUAUUUUGGGGAAGGCUUUGAAUUUGGUGGGAGUUCAUUGAAUCUGAGAUAGUGAAGAUUAUUUUUUCAAAUGGAAAUUAAAAGCCUUGGUUGGCUUGUGUUAUAAGCAUGUUCCGUUUGUGACCGACACAUCUUUGUUCCUUAAAGAAGUAUCUUUAUUGUCCAAUGCAACAUUUUGUUUUAUCUGGAAUAUUACGCAAUGCAACUAUUAUGCCUAAAGAAAUUGCUUGCUGUGUUUCUUGUUCUUUUGAUGUCAAAUUGGCACCAUGUAUAUUUUUGUUUACCACUUGCAACUUU